AUCAAUCCCUACAGGUCCUCACACAACAGGAGAAUCUACCAGCGCGAUUAGAUUACUGCAGGUGAGGAGAACAGCAGUGACUGACUGAGGACAUCAUGGGUUUACACUCAGCCCAGAAGAAGCACUUUCCCCUGCGGGGGAUCGACGGCGUGGUUCAGCUCUUUGAUGCUGAGCUCCGCAAGUCUGAACCCGACCUGGCCCUUCUCUCCCUGGUCCUGGGCUUUGUCGAGCACUUCCUUGCCGUGAACCGGGUCAUCCCCAUAAACGUUCCAGGGGUACGGUUUGAACCACUGGAGCCAGACUGUCCCAACUCGUGCUUUCCCACAGUGGAGCUGGGCAUGAUCUCUGCACUGUACGAGCGCUUCACAGCACAGAUCCGCGGGGCGGUGGACCUGUCCCAGUACCGCAGGACUGCUGCAGGGUCCAGCAGGGAGCUGGUGAAGAAAGUGUCAGAUGUGAUCUGGAACAGUCUCAGUCGCUCGUACUUCAAGGACCGGGCCCACAUCCAGUCCCUCUUCAGUCUCAUCACUGGUACCAAACUGGACAGCUCUGGGGUGGCGUUUGCAGUGGUGGCUGCCUGCCAGGUUCUGGGUCUGAAGGAUGUCCACCUGGCGUUGUCCGAGGACCACGCCUGGGUUAUCUUCAGUAAAAACGGUGAAGAGACGGCGGAGGUCACAUGGCACGGAAAGGGUAACGAAGACCGACGAGGACAGACAGUGACAGCAGGAGUCAAUGAGAAGAGUUGGCUGUAUCUGAAGGGCUCCUAUAUGAAAUGUGACAGAAACAUGGAGGUGGCCUUCAUGGUUUGUGCCAUCAACCCGUCACUGGACCUGCACACUGACAGCUCAGAGCUCCUGCAGCUACAGCAGAGACUCCUCUGGUUGCUGUAUGAACGAGGUGACCUGGACAGGUAUCCAAUGGCCAUGGGCACUUUGGCAGACCUUGAGGACCAGGAUCCAAUCCCAGGCAAAGAGGACCCACUGAAAAUCCACCUCCAGGCUGUGGGUUCUGCUCAGAAGUACUACAACAACGAACACAUCUACCCCUACAUGUACUUGGCUGGUUUCCACUACAGGCACAGAGAAGUGCGGGAUGCUCUGAGGGCCUGGGCCAAGGCAGCUCAGGUCAUGCAGGAGUACAACUACUUCCGUGAGGACGAGGAGAUCUACAAGGAGUUCUUUGACAUCGCCAACGACGUGAUCCCCACUCUGCUGAAGGAGACGGCUGCUGCUGCAGAGAGCACCGGGGAGGGAGGAGAGGGAGGAGAAGGAGCUGAUAAGGAGCCCAAGCAAGCAGCAGCCCUCUCAGCACUCCAAGACCCAGAAUGCUUUGCCCACCUGCUGCGCUUCUAUGACGGCAUCUGCAAAUGGGAGGAAGGCAGUCCCACACCAGUCCUUCACGUGGGCUGGGCCACCUACCUGGUCCAGUCUCUGAGCCGCUUUGAUGCACAGGUGCGUCAGAAAGUGUCCAUCAUCAUCAAAGAGCUAGAGGCUCAGGAUGAUGAUGACCAGUCCAGCGAGGACCUCCGAGAGGGCCGCAGACGAGGCCCCAGGAGGGAGUCCAAGCUAGACGAGCAGAGUUCCUCCCCCCCUGCUGACCCCUCCUCCCCAGCCUCCCAAACAGCAGCAGCAGCACCCCAGCCCAAGAAGGUGGGAGAAGGAGGGGGCCGCCGCCGCUCUUCCCAGAGUUUACGGGGCAGCGACGCAGAAGGAAAACCCAAAUCCCCCAGCCCAGACUCGUCGCCCUCGCCCCAGCAGCAGCAGCAGCAGGCGUCCCCCUCCUCCACCGGACCCGUGGUCGCCUUUCAGAGCGAGAAGAUGAAGGGGAUGAAGGAGCUGCUGUGUGCAGCCAAGGUGAACUCCAGCGCCAUCAAGCUGCAGCUCACUGCCCAGUCACAGGUGCAGAUGAAGAGGCAGAAGAGCACGCCUGCAGGGGAUUACUCCAUGUCCUUCAUGAAGAGGCAGCGCAAAUCACUCUAGACAUUCAGAUUGUUUUAGACUCUGUGAGACAUACUGUGAAACAGACCUCGCUUUUAUCUCUCUACCUUUUUACCAGUGUUUUCAUCCAGAAGUCCCUCUCUCUCAGUCAACAUCCUCACAGUUCCUAGCAAUAUAUUUGACUUGCACAGAUGAUCUUGAGUUAAAGCAUCACAUAUCAGUUCCAUAUCAGACCAGAAUCCUGCAGCUUUUCCUGGAGGCUGCAUCCUGAAAUCGAUUGUAAGCAUUCAUUGAUGAUGAGUUUAGUUUUACAGGCAUCCAAGUUGCACACUGACCGUUAACUACACAGAUUUUCAUGUGGAUGUUGAAGCCAAAGUAACGAUGACCAGAAUUCAACGUACAGAUGUGUAAAUAUCAAAUUGUACCGUUAGGAACCUGUUCAUGACUGAAGCCUUGGAAGUGAGUCAUUUUAGGAUAGUUACUGUGUAACAUUGUCCACUUCUGCUCUAUUGACAGCUUCUUUCUUGCUAGCUCUAUGUUGCCUUACUUUGCCUUUGUUCUUUUCUAAAGUAGGUGGCCUUUAGUUUAGAGGAUAGCUGAGCUAGGCCUGUUUCUAAUGAUUAGAGAAGACCAGAAAGACCAUGCACUGUUGAGACGGAGCCACAUUAGGUGACUCUGCUACAUCCUAUCUGCUUGAUGACUUUGUGGUUUUUGUUCUUGUUUUGUUUUUUUGUAUCUGCAAGUAAUAAAGACCUGAUG